AGUCGAGAUUUGCCAGCGGGGGCGGGGCUCCACCUCCGCCAGCUCCGGACGCACCCCGGCGACUCGGGCCGACGGCCAGCUCCGGCGGGACGGCGGCCGCCGCGCGUUCGGGUUCGGCUUCGCUGCGCGCCCAGAAGAUGAAUCCGUCCUCGGCGCCCCCACCGCUCCCGCCGCCCGGGCAGCAAGUGAUCCACGUCACGCAGGACCUCGACACGGACCUCGAGGCCCUCUUUAACUCUGUUAUGAACCCCAAGCCCAGCUCGUGGCGGAAGAAGAUCCUGCCAGAGUCCUUCUUCAAGGAGCCCGACUCGGGCUCGCACUCGCGGCAGUCCAGUACCGACUCGUCGGGCGGCCACCCCGGGCCGCGGCUGGCCGGCGGCGCGCAGCACGUCCGCUCGCAUUCCUCUCCCGCAUCCCUGCAGCUGGGCACCGGUGCGGGCGCUGCGGCCAGCUCCGCGCAGCAGCACGCGCACCUCCGCCAGCAGUCCUACGACGUGACAGACGAGCUGCCGCUGCCCCCAGGCUGGGAGAUGGCCUUCACCGCCACUGGGCAGCCGUACUUCCUCAAUCACACAGAAAAAAUCACCACCUGGCAAGACCCCAGGAAGGCGAUGAGUCAGCCCCUGAAUCAUAUGAGCCUCCGCCCUGCCGUCACUUCCACACCAGUGCCUCAGAGUUCCAUGGCCGCAUCCCAGCCAAACCUGGUGAUGAGUCACCAACACCAGCAGCAGAUGGCGCCCAGCACCCUGAGCCAGCAGAACCGCCCUUCUCAGAACCCGGCUGGGCUCAUGAGCUUGCCUACUGCCUUGCCCACCGCCCUGACCACGCAGCAGCAGCAGCAGCAGAAGCUGCGGCUGCAGAGGAUCCAGAUGGAGAGAGAGAGGAUCCGCGUGCGCCAGGAGGAGCUCCUGCGGCAGGAAGCUGCCCUCUGCAGACAGCUCCCCAUGGAAGCCGAGACAAUGGCCGCAGUCCAGGCUGCUGCAAACCCUCCUGCCAUGACCCCAGAUAUGAGAUCCAUCACUAAUAACAGCUCAGAUCCUUUUCUCAAUGGGGGGCCCUACCACUCAAGGGAGCAGAGCACCGACAGUGGUCUGGGGUUAGGGUGCUACAGUGUCCCCACCACCCCUGAAGACUUUCUCAGCAACGUGGACGAGAUGGACACAGGAGAAACCACAGGUCAGACACCUAUGAACAUCAACCCGCAACAGACCCGCUUCCCUGAUUUCCUUGACUGUCUUCCGGGAACCAACGUUGACCUAGGAACGCUGGAGUCUGAAGAUCUGAUCCCCCUCUUCAAUGACGUAGAGUCGGCUCUGAACAAAAGUGAGCCCUUUCUAACCUGGCUGUAAUGGCUACCAUUUUGUCACUGGGGUGCAGCGCAACCUGACAUUUCCUAGGCCUCUUGGAGAAAGCGACAGUGCACAGCUUUCUGCCUCUGUGACUCCUUUUCCUUCCUGUCCAUGUGGCCAGUUUCAUCAGUGCCUGGUUUUGAUUGACAGUGACUUAAGUUAAACAUGAAUAAAUGUUCUAUCUUUAUUUUCUGCAAGCCUGCAUUUCUGAGACAGAUGAUGCAGAAUUGUGCCUAGAGAAUUGGUUAUGCAGAAUUACUUCUCUUCAUUCUCUGCUGCCCCAUGGCUAAGCUUUAUGUGUAUUAGUUGAAAUUUAUACAUAAAUUGAUUAUAAACUAUAGAAAGCUGAUCACAGCCAGUGAAUUCAGAUGGACAGCUUGGUCCAGGAAAUGUGCACAAAAUUUGACCUGAUUUACGUCUCUAAAGCCGAGUGUAUUAUAGUAGUACCAAGUGCUUUAAACCUACUCAAUAAGUUUUACAACAUUGUUGUAUGGGUAGUGAAAUCCUGCUCUAUGGAAUGCAGCCUAGUUUUGAAUCCAUGCUGGCUCUGACAGCCUCUGAAAGAGGGACACACAGUUCUAUUGGAGUGUCUCCUUGGUCCUCUGCUGCAUAGUAUCUGUACAACCUGGCUCUCCCAGCAGGAGGGUAGCAGCAGCAUCAGCCACAGGCUUAUACUAGAGACCUGUGAAAGAGACCAAUUUCAGACUAAAAUGAGCAUUUAUUAAAUAAAUCUUUUUUUUUAUAUUGCAACUUAGAUUUCUAAAAAAAAUGCAGCUCAGAAUUCAAUGUUUAUUUUAUAAAACACUAUAAUUUUGUAGCUGACAACAAAGACCAGCUAGAUGUUUUUGAUAAAUCAGUGGCAACUGUAUUUUUGUCUUUUGAAACUAUUCUGAAACAUCAGGACAACACAGAUUCAACCUGAUAGUACACGCAGUGAGCUGUUGCUUUUUAAAUUGUGAAGCUUUGUCAGUUUUGUUUUAAAAAUUUCUCUAAUGUUUUAAAUAAUCACAUCUAUGAAACUGAAGGAUGAAGCAGAUCUCUGACUGACGUUUAAAAAGUCGCCCUCCAAGGGUGUAGUGGAGACAUGUUUCUGAAUGCAGGAAAAUUGGUUCCUACAUAUAUUAUCCUAACUCUGUUGCUACAGUUGGUCUAAAAAGGCAUGAGCUAUAUACUCAAUACCUCUUAUAGAAACAAGAAUCUCUCCUCAUUAGCCUUCAAGGACUGAGAGUGGCAUGUUCACCUGGCACAAAGCCCCCUGCCUCGCCAAUGAAGUCCUCGACUGUUAAUGUUUUGAACUGACAUUAUUUAUACUCUAUGAAUUUAAUCUCUUUUUUCAAAGACAUUAAUAAUUCAGGUCUCUAAAAGGAAACAUUCAGUUCCCAUGGGGGCUUAUUUGUUGGGGAUCUUAAAUGAGAUCCUUUUUGAUCUACCAGAAUAGAGAUGCACAGAAUAUACUUGAUCUAGCUGGAAAGAAGGCAAGUGAAAAGGUCAGAGAUGAAGUGGUAAAUUGAAUGGCACGUAGUGGAAAGGACACUAGUGUGACAUGGAGACAGACAAGGCAUAGUCCCUGAAGGUAGGACAGGCAAGUGUGAGAGGUGCCCCCACAGAGCAGAGCAGCAGCCUUCUGCCACAGGCUUUGUGCUAGGAGACUGUGGUAGAAGAAAAGAGGGCUUUGGUGCACUUUAUGGGAGUUGGGGGCCAGCCCUGUGGCACUGUCCCCAGGGCACUGAGCAGUAGGCAGACAUACGCAGGGACGGCUGUUGCCUGCGGCACUGACUGCCUGAGGUCAGGGGCUUUUGUUCCACUGAUUCCUUUUGCUCUCUCUAAGCAGAGAGAGGUGAGGAAGGUGUUUGUGUUGCUACUAAAUUGAAAGGGAACACUCUUUAUUUUCCUCUUUUGUUAGCAAAAAUUGCAAAAAGAGUUGUACAUUCUUUCUAAGAAAAAACAAAUAGAAGGGACCUAACAGAACUCAGCAGUGUUACUGUACUUUUAAAAGAUAUUUUUAUAGACUCAUUUUCAGGUUAUUAAAUGUAAAAGAUACAGAUACCCUUUUUUUUUUUUUUUAAAAAAAGCAGUUAAUCAUUGAUGAUUUACAUUACCACCUUUUAGGAGUAAUUUUCUAGUAAGCUUGUGCCAUUAGAAAAUACUAGGAUCAUUUUUUUAGAGAAAUUAGUUGGAACAUUUAUCAAUGAAUAUAAUAAAUAUUUUUCAGAGUAAACUAGGGACCUUAUUUGUUUACUAAUAGAUAAAGCCAGGUAUAAUUUUUUGUUGUUUUUAAGGCCAUUAAAUAUGGUCUCAUUAAAGAACAUUAAGGCUAAAAAUCUUAAGAGCUUUUUUUUUGGGGGGGGUGCUGGGAUUCAAACCAGUGUGCCAGGCUGGGCUCCAUGGAGCUGCACCCACAGCCUGUCAGAGCAACUUUCUGAUGGCUGUUUCUCUUAUUUUAAGUGUUAAAGCCCCUCAGAAGUCAUGAUAAGGUGCUAUUUAUAUUUCUUUUUAUUAAGACAGCUGCCAGGAUAUCUAGUAUUUUUCAUUCAAAACCAGUCAUUAAAUUUCACCAUCUCAUCCCAAAAUCUUGUUAGAGAAAAGCCAUAUUUCAAAAGUGAAAUUGAAAAGUAAUUUCAGAGAUUUUUUUUAUUCAAGAUUUUUUUCUGAUAAAAUACAUUUUCUUUUGAAGCAAAUAAAUUGUCAAAAUUUAUUUGUCAUUUUUUUAAAUCUAAGUAAUUGGUAGACAGUGUUUCACAUUAGUACUUAGGAUAUAAACCGCCAUUUCUUUCAUUGAGCACACAAUACACAGGAAGGUGUGAAACAGAGUGGAGUAUUCUGUGUGCUGGUAGCUGUGGCCCCCACCUGGUGGAAAAGCUCUCUGCAGAAGAAGGUGGAGCGACAGACUUGCUGAGUACAAGUCACAUUCUCACUCUGUAAUGAGAAAGGAAGUUCUGGAAGUACAGCCAACUUCUGUGAAAAAAAAAAAGCUGUUAAAAAAGAAAAAAAGAAAGAAAGAAAGAAAUUGUGGACUAAUUUAAUUGGAAAAAUGGGUGAUUUGACAGAGACUGUUUACCCAACACUACAUCAUUUGUGCUAGUACUUUAAAUUUUUAAAAAUUUUACUUCUACAUUUUGUAAUAUGACAUGUGUGUUUAUUUUUAAUUUAGAAUGUUAUGCAUAAAAAAGUAUGCAGCCAAAUCAAUCAGAUCAAACCCUUUUACCUGGAGUUUGGUACUGAUUUUUACUUCUUUGAUUCUGUAUAAGAAAAAUAAAUACAAUUGAGUUUCCA